CUCUUCACUUUCUCAUCUGGCAUCUGAUCCGAGGGGAUCUAGGGGAUUUAUUCUGCAUCUUUGUCAACUGCAGCUGAAGGAUGAAAGCGAGUUUGUGCCUCUGUGUGCCCUCGUGUUCCUCCCUCCUGUCUCUGUUGCUGUUGUUGCCAGGAGCCACAUGUUCGGAAGCCGAGCACAGGCUCUUCUCUGUGAUAUUCUCCCGCUACAACCAGUACAUACGACCGGUGGAAAAUGUGACGGACCCGGUCAUUGUUCAGUUCGAGGUGUCCAUGUCACAGUUGGUCAAAGUGGAUGAAAUCAACCAGAUCAUGGAGACCAAUCUGUGGCUGAGACAUGUGUGGAAUGACUACAAACUGAAAUGGAAUCCAAUGGAUUUCGGAGGUGUUGAGUUUAUCCGAGUGCCAUCCAACAGGAUAUGGAAGCCGGACAUUGUGCUGUACAACAAUGCAGUCGGAGACUUUCAGGUUGACGACAAAACAAAGGCCCUGCUCCGUUACAACGGUGACGUUACCUGGAUCCCUCCGGCCAUAUUCAAGAGCUCGUGCAAGAUUGACGUCACCUACUUCCCCUUCGACUACCAAAAUUGCACCAUGAAAUUCGGCUCCUGGACCUACGACAAGGCGAAGAUCGACCUGGUGCUGAUCGGCUCCACCAUCAACCUGAAGGACUUCUGGGAGACCGGCGAGUGGGUGAUCAUCGACGCCCCUGGCUACAAGCACGACAUUAAGUACAACUGCUGCGAAGAAAUCUACACGGACAUCACCUACUCUUUGUACAUCCGCCGUCUGCCUCUCUUCUACACUGUCAACAUGAUCAUCCCCUGUCUGCUCAUCUCCUUCCUCACAGUGCUCGUCUUCUACCUGCCGUCCGAUUGUGGCGAGAAGAUCACUCUGUGCAUCUCCGUCCUACUUUCUCUAACUGUCUUCCUGCUGGUGAUAACCGAGACCAUCCCCUCCACCUCGCUAGUCAUCCCCCUGAUUGGCGAGUACCUCCUCUUCACCAUGAUCUUUGUCACCCUCUCUAUUGUCAUCACUGUUUUUGUGCUGAACGUCCACUACCGCACACCAAAGACACACACCAUGCCCUGCUGGGUGCGGAGUGUGUUCCUGGGACUGCUGCCCCGGGUGAUGUUCAUGACCAGGCCAGAGAGGGACCCCGAGAAGGUGGCGGCGGCUGACAGUGUUCACGCGGUGCAUCCCGGACCCUGCGGCGUUCAUUCGUCGGGCACUUUGCAGAAGCCGCACAGACCUCAGGCGCUGGCCUCCACGGUGGCGUCCAGCCUGACGAAACGCCAGCGGCUUUUCAACCACACAGAGCUCUCGAACCUUAAUAACUUGAGCACAGGCCCGGGCAAAGGUGCAGGCCCUGGGCCGCUGUGCUCCCAGGGCCGUUGCAACUGCUGCUGGCACCAGAGAUCCGGUAAACUGCCAGCAGACUCUGGGGGCGGGAGCGGAGGCCUGGGGUGCGUGGGGGUGCUGACAGGGAGCAGUGUUGGCGGGUUGGGAGUGGGUAGUCAGUGCUCCAGCUCUGAGUCUCUGGAUGGAGGAAUAAUGUCCCUGUUGCCGCUCUCCCCUGAGGUCAGGGAGGCCAUUGAGAGUGUCAAAUACAUCGCAGAGAACAUGAGACUACAGAAUGAAGCUAAGGAGGUUCAGGACGACUGGAAGUACGUUGCCAUGGUGAUCGACAGGAUCUUCCUGUGGGUUUUUGUCCUCGUGUGUAUCCUGGGAACUGCUGGCCUCUUCCUCCAGCCUCUAUUACUCGGGGACGACGUUUGAAUCUGCUUGUGAAAACUUAACACUCGAGCCUGUUGAGGUGCACAGCACUCGUUACUCUUAAGAUUCUCACGCUGUGGCUCGGAGAGCGAAAAAACUCCCCGACACCAAAGUGUUCAGUGUCUGCAGAGAGUUCAGUGUCGGUUUAAGGACUAUUGAAUGCUGAGGAAAUGUCUAACAAACCAUGGAAACUAUGGAGCCAUCUCAUUAAAUAACUGCGUUAAAAUAAAAUUUGCAGUAAAUGGCAACGUGAUAGGCAACAGUGUGACAUGCAACACUUCAAAGAUUGGACGGAAUACGGUGCUGACGCCCUAAACAAAGACACAAGAUGACAACUACAUCUACGGAAUCAAAUAUUAGUAUUUUAAAUACAAAAGUACAUCAUUGGUACAGUAAUUCAUUUGAAUGUAAUAUCAACAUACUGAUUAUCCCCUCACACACCCAUUAUGCUCCGUGCAAGCGAGGGUGUUGACUGUGUUCAAAAAGUGACAUCAUGUGGAAAUGUUUAGGAACUACAAGUGAUGAAAACAACUCAAUGGCUGUUUUAAAGGGACAUGUUUCCCAUUUAAUCAAAACCUCUUUUGUAACAUUCUGGAAAUUUCAUGGACAUUUUAAAAAGUAAAAUGUUAAAUGCUCAACUACACGAGGGAGAGUUUUCUUCUGUCCAGAUACCUUCCGGACAGUGUGCUGAAUUUCAUUCAGGAUUGAGUGAAUUGUGAAUAUUUACAUAUUCCUUGAAAGCAUUUGAUGUGUUGAAGAGAAAUUUUAAGCAAAUGUCAAUAAUUUGCUCCUCACAUCACUGUAAAUGAAUGGAAAAUAGUUAUAGACAGAUGAAUAUUAAAUUGUGGUUGAUGUGAGGCGGCAAAUAUUUCAGAGACCGGACAACAAACGCAGUGGGAUCGUGGAUGGAACUGGGACGAGGUCACCAAGGCUCUUGUGCAUCACUCUGAGCUCACUCAGCUAAUUGGAUCACGAUCAAUACGAAAAGCAAGUGAAGGAUUUCAUCAGCUUCCUCUCCCGUCUCCAUCUGAACAAUCGUUCAAGUACAAUUUUUUCUUACUGCACAGGGUGUGCAGCAUCCAUCCAUAACAGCUAUGUGAACGUACGUAUAUAUGUAUGUAUGUAAAGUUUCGCAUGCUUAAAAAAAUGAACGCAAGGAGGCACUGGUGUGAUUUUAUUUUUGUUUCACUUGAAUGACACGUACAGAGGGAUCUCACAGCCUCCAGGUCAGUCACCAGAUGCACUGACGCCUCUGACGCAUGACACGAGGUCAAACUCGAUGCGUGAAAAAGUCAGCAUGUCACUGUGUGAUUCCUUUUAAACAACUAGAAAUCAGAGCAGGUGGCAAGCUAUGUCAUCACGAGGAAAUCCAACGCUGGCCGAGAGCGGUGGGAUAUUGUCCUGGAGCUCCGUCACAUCUGAUAAGAAAAAAAACCUGUGGCUAAUGAAUUGAAUUAAAGCCCACUCAAAAGUCGCGGUGGACCAGCAGGAGAUCUACGGAACAGAUAGGUGUAAUAUAGAUGGUCAAAUAAAUUAGUUUCUGAAGGAAACGAGGGUUACGUCGUGUCAAAACUAACAAGGAAGAAGAGGAAGGAAGGGAAGAAGUACGUUCAAGGGAGAU